CGCAGAUCUCGCGAGACUGAGAGACGGCGUGAGAGGAGGAAGGCGUCGCUCUCGCGAGAACUCCGCCUGUCGGGGCCGGUGGUGGGGAGCCAAACAACUCUCAGUUGGUCUCGCCCGGCUCCUCAAAUCUCAGGCAGCGGCGUCGGGAUCGAAACAGGGAACAGAAUGAGUACUUCACAGGAUCAGAGUGGCUUCUCCACUAAUAGAGAACCCCUUUUGAGGUGUCGUGAUGCGCGGAGGGAGUUGGAACUUGCUAUUGGUGGAGUUCUUCGUGCUGAACAGCAAAUUAAAGAUAACUUGAGAGAGGUCAAAGCUCAAAUUCACAGCUGCAUAAGUCGUCAUCUGGAAUGCCUUAGAAGCCGUGAGGUGUGGUUGUGUGAACAGGUAGAUCUAAUCUAUCAGCUUAAAGAGGAGACACUGCAGCAGCAGGCCCAGCAACUGUAUUGGUUAUUGGGACAGUUCAUUUGUCUUAUUCAUCAACUGGAGUGCACCCAAAACAAAGAUCUAGCCAAUCAAGUUUCUGUGUGCCUGGAGAGAAUGGGCAAUUUGACUCUCAAGCCUGAAGAUUCAACUGUCCUGCAUUUUGAAGCAGAGACAACUACUCUGCGCCAGGCCAUCACCACAUUUGGAUCACUUAAGACCAUUCAAAUUCCUGAACACCUGAUGGCUCAUGCUAGUUCUUCAAAUAUUGGGCCCUUCCUAGAGAAACGAAGCUAUAGUCCUUUGCCAGAGCAGCAGAAAUCGGCAUCCAGCCCCACAGUGGCCCCUCUCAGUGAAUGGCUCCUUGGAAGCAAACCUGCCAGUGGUCAUCAGGCUCCUUAUAUACCCAGCACCAACCUCCAGGACUGGCUUACCCAAAAGCCAAACUUGGAGAGCAGUCAGACUUCUACCAGAGCCUGUAGUUUCUUCAGUAAUGUUUGGGGCAACCUAAAAGGCUUGGAAAAUUGGCUCAUCAAGAGUCAGCAAGAAGUUCCUGAAAAGCCUAGUUACCAAAAGUCUAACGUCUGUCCUACUACCAGUUCUUCUGUUGAAAUUGAGAUUAGUGAUUUAGAGCUUCUUGAUCAAGAUGAUAUGGACCUUUCUGAUUGGCUCGUAACAUCACAAGAAUCACCUAAAAUAGAGAAGCCUGAGAAUGGCAGCUGUGAAAUUAGUGAGAAGUUUAAGUCCUUGUUCCAGGUAUUUCAGGAGUCCUAUAACGUGAAUGAUUGGCUUGCCAAGCCCGAUUCCUGUACUAAUUGUCAAGGCAAUCUACCUAAAGGUGUGGAGAUCGAAAACCUGGGCAAUCUGAAGUGCCUGAAUGACCACUUGGACUCUAAGAAGCUCUUGUCCACCCCCAGCAUGAAUUCUGAGGUUUGGCUUGUCCAGAACUAUCAGGACCCAUAUAAAGUAGAAGAGGUAUGCAAAGCCAAUGAGCCCUGUCCAAGCUUUUCAGAGUGCGUGUGUGAUGAAAAUUGUGAGAAGGAAGCUCUUUAUAAAUGGCUUCUGACGAAAGAAGGAAAGGAUAAAAAUGGUGUCCUUGUGGAAACAAAGGCCGAACCUGAGAAGUAUAAAGAUUCCCUGAAUAUGUGGCUCUGUUCUUCAAAAAGAGAAUCAACUGGACAAGCUAAAGCACCAAGGGCCAUGGCUCCUUCUGGAAUUGCUGAACCUUUCCAAGUUAUUAGGAGCAGUCCCUUGUCUGGGUGGCUCAUUAGGUCCUCAUGCAAAGGACAUACCAAGGAAGUAGCACCCAGUAUUGAGGACAGAGCUGGCAAACAAAAGCUUCUGAAUCCCAUGGCCACUUCAUGGUGUCCCUUUAAUACAGCUGACUGGGUCCUUCCAGGAAAGAAGACCGGAAACCACUUAUCUUCAGGAGAAAAUAAGUGGUUGCUGCGAAAGAAGGCCAAGGAAGUAUUACUUAACUCAUCUCUACAAGAGGACCAUAACUUGUCCCCAGACCAUUACGGCCUCCCAGCAGUAUGCGAUCUCUUUGCCUGCAUGCAGCUUAAAGUUGAUAAAGAAAAGUGGUUGUAUAGAACUCCUAUACAGAUGUGAAGGAAUGGAGACCUGCAGUCAAGCAACUUUUCUACAUAGUAUUACACAUCAAUGAGCUGAGUGAUUGCAGCUUACCAAAUCAUUGUGUUCCUGGCUCUUACCAGUCAGCUUAGUUCUUUUCUGUCCAAUUUUGAACUAGUGAAGAGAAAUAAGUCAUCAGUUUGAGUUCUUGUGUGAAAGAAAAAGGUUGAUGCUGAGAUGAUUUAAUUCCUUGUUGCAGAAGUAUCACUUCAUCCUACACUCGACACAUAGCAUCGUGAUUUGUAGGUCUUUUCUUAAGCCUCCCUGGCUUCUAAGAUUGACUUGUCAUAUUAAAACACUGUAGUUCAUUUAAAAUAAAAAUUCUAGGGUCGGGAAACAUAGCUCUGGUGUAAGGCAAUUGCUUUACACAGGCCCAGUUUCAAUUGGAUCCCCAGUAUUACUUAAUGGUCUUCUGAGCACAGAACCAGAACUAAGCCGUAUGCACUGCUUGUGUGGCUUAAAAACCGGAAAAAAAAUUCAUUAAUUACAGUGUGUCCGUACAUUUUAGUUACUCAAGUUUCACAAACCUUUUGCUUCCUUUCUUCAGUUGCUUCCCAUGAUGUGGGUUUUUUUUUUUUUCCAUUAAGUAGAAAUGACUUUUUUUGGUUUUUGUUUUUGGGUCACACCAACACUCAGUCAUUACUUCUGGCUCUGUGCUCAGAAAUCUCUUGGCAGGCUUAGGGGACCAUAUGGGAUACCACGAUUUGAACCGUGGUUCGUCCUAUGUUUGCCUAGUGCAAGGCUAAUGCCUUACCGCUGUGCUAUCAACUCUUUUGUUUAAUAUAUACUAAACACAAAUAACCUUGGCAAAUAGGUCACUUAUUUUUUUCCUUAUCAAAAUGUGUAUUUAAUAACUUGGCCAAUUUUUCAUCUAAAAUUUGUCUCCAUGUUAGUCUACAUUUUUUGUUUGAUAGAAAUUUUGCUAUUACAAAUUUAGUUGUUUUAUUCUUUUAUCAAGUAUUCAGGUGUGCUCUUUUAGAAGUGCCUCCUGUAGAUUUGAGACUAAAACCCCAACCACUAAUCAAAAAAUAAAGGGUAAGACAUUGGAAA